AUGUCUAAGGCAGGUUCUACACGAGUCCGGCCAUGCAUGUUUUGCGGUAAAGAAUUACAAGAGUCUGCAUUAGCAGAUCAUUUACUCAUAUGCGGUAAUAAAACCGAUGAAUGUCCUCGAUGCAGGAAGUUUGUUCGUCGAGCUGUAUUUGCCUAUCACUAUGAAAAUGCCUGUGUCGAUCCAGACGAAUUGGAGAAUGAAACAAGUGCUGCCUCGAAUCAGCGUAGCAUCUCGGAACACAUACCAGCUAUAAGUAGCGCAUUACAGCAAAGCAAAGUCAUUAUUCGUUGUCAGUUCUGUCGUCAACAAUGUGAGAAAGUCGAACAAGAGAUGCAUGAAAAUAAUUGUUUACGCAGUCCAGGUAAUAUCAGGGCAAAACAACAACAAUCACGAAUCUAUCCCACAACAAACUCUCCACCGGAUCAUGUCGAUCCUUCCAAUCAGUCUACUGAAAUUCCUUGCGAGUUUUGCAGACAACUAAUUCAAUUGGAGCAUUAUCAACUACACACAACAGAGUGUUCUCAACAAUAUGCCGAACAACAACACAAUGAAUCCAGUACUGACAACCGAAACGUAGCUACCGUCAAAAUGCAUUGUAAAUAUUGUGGAGUUGAACAACAUGCAUAUUCUCUCUCGUUUCACGAGAAAAUAUGCCUGAAAAAUCCUGACAAAGCGGCUGCUGAGACACAGUAUCAGAACAUUUUUCGUUUACCUUCGCUUCAAAGCUGA